UCCUACAUCCUCAGACUCAUGAAUUCUGGAGAUCUCAUUUUAUGGCGGGUAUUCCUAUUCCUAUACAUCACACAGACACGCACCAACACACACAUCUGAGAGGUAUCCACUGAUACACAGUGAUACAGGAAAAAAAUGGAGGACGACAGAAUCCUAGAGAGAGAAAGGUACCAGAUCGAGCAGAUAAGAGAGCUCGACUCGGAGGAAUUGCAAGUCGAAGAAGUCGAGGACCUUCAGGACUCAUCUGAAGACGACGAAACCAAUGAUCGUGGUUUUGGAGGGGCUUUGGCAUCUGGUGAAUUGACCUUCAAUACCUCGUUGGCUUCCUUACAUACUUAUCUUGGUGAGACUGAGGAUACUCAUCGUAGGUUGGCUUUCUUGGAUGGCGGCGCCGUGCUAAACUUACCUCUGUUCUAUCUGGAAGGAGUUGUUCUGUUCCCAGAAGCCAUCCUUCCUCUAAGAGUUAUUCAAUCUAAUUUUAUAUCUGCUGUGGAAAGAGCACUGAGGCAGGUUGAUGCUCCCUACACUAUCGGCGUGGUUCGUGUUCAUAAGGAUCCUGAUAAUAGGAGGAUAAGAUUUGCAACCGUUGGGACAACUGCAGAAAUUCGGCAAUAUAGGCGAUUAGAGGAUGGUUCAAUGAAUGUGGUAACCCGUGGCCAACAGCGCUUUCAUCUAAGACGCCGCUGGGCUGAUGUGGAAGGAGUACCAUUUGGAGAAAUUCAAAUUAUCCAAGAAGAUUUGCCAUUAAGGACUCCACGGGAUGCAGUUGGGCAGCUGGCACCAUUAAGGAAUCUGCGUACUGGUAGGCUCUUGCAAAAACUACCUUUAAGUGCUUCUCAGGCUAAACGACAAGGAUAUGGAAAUGAAGAUGAUGAUUCUGAUGCAACAUCGGAGGAAAGUUUUGAAAGCCAGCUUUCGCUAACAGAAAGGAGAUUGCACGAAUCCGCUACUGUUUCCCAUUAUGGUUAUGAUAGAAUUGACGACACAAGUAGUGAUGAAGGGGAUUUUGUUUGCAAGCCAGAGCCCCUAGCGGGAAUAUCUCAUUUGAAUGACUCCAUAGGGACUCUGCUUCCAUAUGAUGACAAAAGGAGGAAAAAUAUUGCCCUUGGAGCUGGGGAAAAAGUUAAUUCGGGAAAGCCAUCUUGCAAAGGGGUAGCGUGGAAUAAAUACUCAAUAAGUGGGCUGCGUGAAGUUCCAAGGGCGUUCUGGCCCUCAUGGGUUUACCGUAUGCAUGAUUCAUAUUGCCUGGCUCAAAGGGCGGCAGAUAAGUGGAAGCAAAUUGUUGGGGAACCAAAAAUGGAUGGGCUUGUGAAUAAGCCAGAUCUUUUAUCAUUUCAUAUUGCCAGUAAAAUUCCUGUGUCUGAAUCUACGAGGCAGGAACUUCUGGACAUUGAUGGGAUUUCCUAUAGACUGCGCCGGGAAAUUGAGUUGCUUGAGAGUUUUGAUCGUGUUCGAUGCAAAAAUUGUCAGACUGUAAUUGGAAGACGGAGCGAUAUGCUGGUGAUGUCUAGUGAAGGUCCUCUUGGUGCUUAUGUGAACCCAGAUGGUUUUGUGCAUGAGAUAAUGACUCUUUACAAAACAAAUGGCAUAGCACUCAUUGGCCAUGCAAUUAAAGAUUAUAGUUGGUUUCCUGGGUAUGCGUGGACAAUUGCACGAUGUGCCACUUGUGAAAGCCAAAUGGGGUGGCUUUUUACGGCCACAAAUAAGAGAUUGAAGCCCAGGUCGUUUUGGGGCAUUAGGAGUUCCCAAGUUGCCGAUGACAUGCGAUGAUGUUUAACGAAUCCACUUAAGUCACGAUCUAGCAGGGGCCUGUGUAUAUCUCCUCGCUUUCAUCCAAGAGCCGGGUUUUUAGUCUAACAAUUUGAACUAAGUCUUCAUCUGUUGAGAAUAUAGCUUGCAUGUUGUGGUUGUAGAUCUGAUAAAAGGCUUUGUAAUUACUUCUCGAAAUCAUAGGUAGAUUUGUUUUCAUGUUGAUUAAAAUGCCUUAAAAAAUCAAUCCUGUGUAUGUGACGCUCUUGCGUGUUUGUAGAUGCGGUCUAGAUGAGAUUGUUGGCUAUCACGGGAUUGUCCGACUUGUUGCUUGUAGGAGCACUCGUGCUGUAUUCGGAUAUUGGUCUAUUAUGUAAUGUCAGGUAUUGUUUAUCUCGUUGUUUCA